AUGGAGGCUGAAUGCAAAGCCCUAACAUGUGAAAUUAAAAGACUGUUUAAGAACAAUGAAUAUAUCUUCCGUGUGAGAGGUGUAAACAAGUAUGGAUCUGGUGUGGUAGUACAGUCUACUCCCAUCUUUGCCCGAAACUCAUUCACUGUUCCAUCACCACCUGGAGCUCCAGAAAUCCUUGCAGUUGGAAAAGACUUUGCAACGAUUGAGUGGCUGAAGCCUGAGAGUGAUGGUGGCAGUGAAGUCACAAACUACUUGAUUGAGUUCCGUGAAAGAAAGAGUGUUCGUUGGAUCAAGGUUAACAGAGAUUCUGUUCUCAAGGACACAUCCUUCAAAGUCACUGGCCUCCAUGAAGGCAACAUUUACCAGUUCCGCAUUACAGCCAUGAAUGCAGCUGGUGAUAGUGAACCUAGUGAAGUGUCAAUGUAUGCAGUAUGUAGAGUACCAACAGGCACUCCAGAUCCACCUUCAAUUCCACGGGUUACAGACACCCACAAAGAUAAUAUUAGCCUUGCUUGGACACGACCAGUUGAAGAUGGGGGUGCUGAUGUUAUUGGUUACGUUCUUGAGAUGCAAGAAGCAGGGGCAGAAGAAUGGACAAAAGCGCAUGAAAAGAAUCUUAGGGUGACAGAACACACAGUUACAGGUCUUUCUGCUGGCAAAAAUACUGUUUCAGAGUUGCAGCGGUCAAUGUAAAUGGAACAGGUGACUUCCAGUGAUCCUUGCGCAGAGACUGAGCCUGUGGAAAGAAUCGAAAUUCCUGACCUUGAGCUACCUGAUGAGCUGACAAAGACAAUUUGUCUAAGAGCAGGAAGUUCUCUUCGCCUCCAUGUUACUGUUACUGGUAGACCGAUCCCAACUGUAACGUGGACCAAACCUGGCGUGGACCUCCAAAAUCGUGGCUUUAUUGAAGUAACCAAUACUGCUACAACCCUCAUUAUUGAUAAGGUGCACCGCUAUGAUGCCGGUAGAUAUACCAUUGAGGCUUCAAAUUCAGCUGGGAAGAAGGAUGCAAGCAUUCUUGUGAAAAUCUAUGAUACACCUGGUCCAACUGGUCCAAUUAAGAUGAAAGAACUUACAAAAGAUUCUGCUCAUAUUACUUGGGAUGCUCCUGAAGUUGAUGGUGGAGCACCUGUCAAUAAUUACAUCAUUGAAAGAAGAGAGGCAUCAAUGAGAGCAUACAAAACUGUCACAUCCAAAUGUAGCAAGACAUCAUACAAAAUAACUGGUCUGACAGAAGGAAUGCUGUAUUAUUUCAGAGUCUUACCAGAGAAUAUCUAUGGUGUUGGUGAA